GCCAGCGCCACAUGUACAGCUUACUAGUAUUCCUUCAACUUCUCUCAUGACUCAAACGACCUUGCUUCAGUAUGAAGCACCAUGGCCCGUGCACGCUCUAGACUGGUGCAAGUCGACAACACCAGGACAGCAGCUACGCCCACGAUCCGCUUUCCGUCUAGGUAUCGCUUCAUUCACUGAAGACUAUCGAAAUCGCAUUGCUGUUGUUGGAUUGCAGGACGAGCGUGUACUUGUAGAGGAUGAUUACACGGAUUACCCAGAUUUUGUGACUCUUGUUGAAGCAAACCAUGGCUAUCCCGCGACAGCCAUACAAUGGCAGCCAGCUAGUGCAGGCGGCUAUGCAUGGACUGGAAAAGCCCCAGCAGCAGAGCUGCUGGCGACGACGGGUGAUGCCUUGAGAGUAUGGGAGUAUUUUGGUGAUGCACCACCCGCAGCGUCGGGGUAUGUGGGAAGGCAGCCGAGUGGGGGCGGGCAUCGACUUACGCUGAAAACUGCGUUGUCUGGGCAAUCAAAAGUACAGAGUCAAACAACAGGUGCUCCCUUGACGAGCUUUUCGUGGAAUGAGAAGGCUCCUAGUCUUGUCGUAACAUCAUCGAUCGACACAACAUGCACGGUAUGGAAUAUUGACACGGCGACGGCAAUUACUCAGCUCAUCGCUCAUGAUCGUGAAGUAUACGACGUCGCAUGGUUGCCAGGGUCGACGGACAUAUUCGUAUCUGUUGGGGCGGAUGGCAGCUUGCGUGCAUUUGACUUGCGCAGUCUUGAGCACUCCACAAUUCUAUACGAGACACCCGCUCCUAAAUCAGGGCCACCUCCUACAACGACAUCCUCGUCUACUCGCCUGCCUACCUCGCCACUACUAAGGAUCGCGUUCAACCCUUCUGACUCCAACUAUAUGUCCACGUUUCAUAUGGAUGGCUCAGAUGUACAGAUAUUGGAUAUGCGCAGUCCCGGACAACCUGUGAUGGAGCUAAGAGCUCAUCGUGCCCAAGUUAAUGCGUUAGGAUGGAGCACUACAGACACCCCCCUCUUAGCUACUGCUGGUGACGAUUGCCAGGUCCUACUAUGGGAUCUUUCCAGUUAUACCCAGGCAGCAUCGUCUCCUCGGACUGCAGGUUCGCGACUUAACUCGCCACGGCCGGACGUGAAGAAGCGAGUCGUUAGCGAACCGAUUAUGGCGUAUUCUGCUACCAGUGAAGUGACGAAUCUUGCAUGGUCACCACAAAUUGCAGGGAUGACGAUGAACACCGGUCACUCAACGGCACCCGGAGAAUGGCUAGCGAUUGCGAGCGGAAAAUCGAUAAAGGCGCUAAAGGUAUAGUAGGAUGGAGAAGUGUAUAAAUUCUCGAUUCUGUAUCACAUUUCUGCCCGGUACUCCUUUUAGGAUGGGUAUCUUUAUCUGUGUCCAGCCCUUCCGUCGUAUGUGUGCGAGGUGUUCAAAAUUAGAGAGAUUUCCAAGUUAAGCUCCAGCAACGUCAAAUGCUGAUGUCUUGUGCAUCACAACACUCAAUCACGACUGGCUAGCUUGCCUUGAUGGGAUAUUUGUCUGUAUUAGCGAAGGCUCAAGCGCUCAAGUCCGAUAACGGUGAGGUGCAGUUGGUUGUGAUGCUCUGUUCUAGCCAGUCGUACUUUCCAUGAAGAGUCCAUACAUUAGCAAACCAUUGAGUUAAAGCGAUAAGCAAUGCAUUU